GCAGUUCAGGUCGGUACGGUUGUUGAAACUGACAAUAAGUGCGCGCAAGGUUAGUCAAUCAUGGGUGUUCCAGCUUUUUUCAGAUGGCUGAGUAUGAAAUAUCCAUCAAUUGUCACCCAUUGUGCAGAGAAACGUGGAGCUAUUUUGGAUGAUGAUGGCAAUAGAUCACCUAUAGAUACAUCGGAGCCGAAUCCAAAUGGAGAAGAAUUCGACAAUCUAUAUUUAGAUAUGAACGGUAUUAUCCAUCCAUGUACGCAUCCAGAAAACAAACCAGCUCCAAAAACGGAGUCGGAAAUGUUCCUAGCUAUUUUCGAAUACAUAGAUAGACUGUUUGCAAUUGUUCGCCCUAGAAGAGUACUGUAUAUGGCCAUCGAUGGAGUGGCUCCACGUGCUAAAAUGAAUCAACAACGCUCCAGACGUUUUCGAGCGGCUCAAGAGGCGAAGGAAAAACAUAUAACUAUUGAGCGUUUAAGGAAUGAACUAAUUGCAAGAGGGGCGCAUCUUCCACCACCUAAGGAAGAACAUUUUGAUUCCAAUUGUAUUACUCCAGGAACACCAUUUAUGGCACGUUUGGCUGUUGCUUUAAGGGGGUAUAUAUAUACUCGUUUGACAAAAGAUCCAGGAUGGAAGAAUCUGAUGGUAUUCUUGAGUGACGCAAAUGUUCCUGGUGAGGGUGAACAUAAAAUCAUGGAUUUUAUCAGACGACAGAGAAAUAAUCCAACUCAUGACGCCAAUACGAAACAUUGUUUAUGUGGCGCUGACGCUGACCUUAUAAUGCUUGGAUUAGCCACACAUGAACCAUAUUUUACUAUUAUUCGUGAGGAAUUUAAACCAAACCAACCAAAACCUUGUGAUUUGUGCGGCCAGAUGGGUCAUGAGAUGGAGGACUGCGUAGGUGCUCCAAAAGAAGAAGAUCCAAACGAAGGUCCUCCUCCACUACCUUCAGGAGAUGUGGAUUUCAUCUUUAUUCGCUUGAAUGUUCUAAGACAAUAUCUAGCAGAAGAUCUGAAGUUGGCCGGCAUUACAUUUGAAUGGGAUCUCGAACGAGUCAUUGACGAUUGGGUUUUUAUGUGCUUUUUCGUUGGAAAUGACUUCCUCCCUCAUCUUCCGAGUUUGGAAAUCCGUGAAGGAGCCAUUGAUCGUUUGAUUGAAAUCUAUAAGUCAACAGUCCAGAAAACGGGAGGGUGGCUGACUGAUAGUGGACGAGUCAAUUUAGAGCGUGUCCAACUCAUUAUGGUUGAUUUGGGAAAGAUGGAGGACGAGAUCUUCAAAAAUCGUCGUGAAUCAGAACUACAGUUUCGUAAUAGAAAGCGUCAACAUUCAUCUGGCAAUGGUUAUGAUAAAAACCAACGCGGGUUCGCUCCACAGCGAUUGGGUCACCGCCCAUCAUUCGAAGUGUCUCAGUCUGGUUUUAUGGAACCUAUUCCCCUAAGAGGACGUCACGGAAUAGCACACCCCAAAGGUCACUAUACAAAUCAAGUUGUUUCUGCUGAUGAGUUAUUAGCUGCACGACGUUAUCAGGGUAGAUGUCAAGAAAGUGUUAAUUGGGUGGAUAGAAAUCUAAAUAACCUCGAGGCAGCAACAGCACUGAAAGCUAUGCUGAAACGCGAUAAACCUAUUGAAAACGGAAUCUCAAAUAAUAUGAAUAAUCCCACUAUUCUUCCGAAAAUACCUCGAAUUAUUUCUGAUAACAACACAAGUCUACAAGGUGUUUCAUCUGGUCGCAACAACAGAUCAGGUAAUCAUCACGACGAUGAGGAUGAGAUGAUGGAUGCUGCGGAUGAAGUACGGUUUUGGGAAGAUGGAUGGAGAUCACGAUAUUAUCGAUCUAAAUUUGGAGUUGACCCGACAGAUGCACCUGGGUUCUGUAUCAAAGUUGGUCAGGAAUAUGCCCUUGGUUUAUGCUGGGUCUUAGCCUAUUAUUACCAAGGUUGUGCUUCAUGGGAUUGGUAUUUCCCGUAUCAUUAUGCUCCAUUUGCCAGUGACUUCUCCAAAAUCGCAGAACUCGAUGUUGACUUUUCGAAAAAAGAAACAAAACCGUUUAGACCACUGGAGCAACUUAUGAGCGUGUUCCCGGCCGACUCUCGUAGUCACGUCCCUCCAGCGUGGCAGGACUUAAUGACCGAUCCCGAUUCUCCUAUAAUUGAUUUUUACCCAACAGACUUCAAAGUAGACUUGAAUGGCAAACGAUAUCUGUGGAUGGGUGUAGCUUUGUUACCAUUUGUUGAUGAGGUUCGUUUGCUGAAAGCGUUGGAUGCCCGAAGAAAUCUUUUAACAAAAGAAGAGAUUGAGAGAAAUGUUCGUGGUUCAGACCAGUUGUUUUGUAGAGCUGAUCAUUCUGCUGGUCCAUUGUUGCAUUCUCUAUACAAAGUAUCACAUGAAAAGAUUGAGAAAGAUAAUUCGGAUGAACAAAUCAUACCAACUUGGGCAUCUGCAAUUGAUCCACGUGUUACGUUUGGAAUUAGUGGUCUAAUCUGGCCUAACAAAAUGGCUUACUUGCCUGGGAGUCGUGUACCUAGUGCAGUCCCAGGUCACGUUCCUGAUUUAAAGGUUUCUGAAGCUGUAUCAAUAUGUUUUUCAGAUCCUCAAUAUCCAAAGGGCUUCGUCUUUCCUUCCAAGUUACUUGAAUCCGUAAGUUUCCAUAUAUUGUUAUGUUGGAUUUUUCCGACAAGCUUCUAUUCAUUAACAUCGAUUGUCGUCCCCAUGUGACACAAAUUUAUAUAGUAGACUGUUUUAUGUCCUGUUUUUCCCCAUUUUUUCUCCGUAUGCAUCGCAGGUGUAGAAUGGGCGAAAAACAUUUGAGCAACUUAUCAUGAAUUCAAAAAUACUUUUCUAGUGUACAUUAUAAAGCGUAAUUCUGUUAAUCUUAUUCCAUAGUGUUUUUAUGGAAGUCAGUAGAGGCAAAGCCAUCGCUUUUAAAAAGACUCAUUUUUAAAACAUUCGUAAAUCGAAUAAACGAUUGGGCUAUCGGGUAGCGACUGUAGAUAGUUGCAAGUGGAGGUAGUCAAAAAUAUGGAUCACUAAGUCCCAAUUCAUUGUACUAAUUGUAACACACGAUUCGAGGUUUGAUGAUCCAUGAUACAGAUAUUUUUACGGUUUCGAGAGAUCAUACACAGUAUUUAUAGUUCACAAUUUAGCGCAUGAAUUUGGACGUGUAAAGUAUUAUAUUGACAAUAUAAUACUUUACACAUUUACGUUUGUACAAUUUGAUACAUCUCGCAACAGCUCAGUCAAUAUAAAUAGAAAUUUAUCAAUAUGAAUAAGAUGCUAUGAUUCGGGAAGGUAAAACAAUCGUCUGAAAACACUUAGGAGACAAAAGGUACAAAGCAAAUGGGUUUACUUAAUUAAGUUUAGUUUCAAUCCAUGUCAUCUAAGUCUCCAAAUACCCUGGUACAGCCAGGAGUGGGGAGAGUCUGCUCUCCCCCUCGAAAUGCUCUCACAUGGCCACGUGCAUACAACCACUGCAAGGGAAGUUCUUCUCAUGGUGGAGAUGUUGUUUAUGAAGAGCGAAUGUCCGGCGCUUUAACCGGGCUGGUGGAUAUGGAAAAUCCACCUAGGGGAGUUGGAAAACCCUGAUUCAAGUCGAUGGUGCACAUGGGCUUCAGAAUCCUGACGGGACAAAUGGCAUAUGAACCAACCGUUGGUCACCGACUACUAUGGGACUGCAUCUCGUAAAGUUGCUCCACUGCCUUGUGGAUUAGACUUUUAGAUCAAAGGUUCGGACUAUGGCCCCCUAAGAAAACCUCUUACUUGGUUUGGGCACCCGGGCAAUGUCCCAGCCCUCACACAACUCGAAUGAUUUAUGUGGCACAUAUCUAUUUGGUGUCUCCUUGCACCAAUGUUUGUGUUUAAAUAAAGUAAAUGUCAUCUAAGAUCUUAAAUUACAGGCUUUCGCCUUUCUGAGGGUCUCGGUGUUUGGCGGGAUUGCAGUUUUCAAGCCUUGGAAUUCCUAUGAAUCAUAAAAGUAUUUUAGUAAUCAACUCGUUUGUUUUCGGAUCAUCAAAAGUAGAUUUCUAACCUUUUAUGACAAAUAUUUGUAAAGAUUAACAAUUGAAAAUAGUGUACGGUAACUUUUUCUAGAUGUUAUAAUCUAGUUUAAUUUAAAUACUGAUUUGGUUCCGAACUUGUACGUAACUUACAAGACUCAUCGUAUUCUCAAUUUGAAUUUUUAAAAUAUCAUUUACCAAACUUGUGAUGAAUAAAUGGAGUUUUUUCUGUUUUUUUUGAAGGUUAAAAUGCCACCCCCAGUGUACCUUCAACCUCCUCAGCGUGGUAGAGGAAGAGGACGAGCAAGUUUUCGCACCGAUGAACAUCGUGGACGUUUUAAUGCCAAUGCAGCUAUGCAGUACUAUGCUCGAGACAAUUCGUCAGAUAGGGAGGAUACUGGUAGAGAUUUUUAUCCAAACUCACCGAUGAACAGGAUGGUUAUGAAUUCAUUACCACGAUAUCAGCGCAGUCGAGGUAGCCACUUACAGUAUUCAUCUAGAUCAGAUUGUGGCAAACUAAGUAACAACAUUCCACCAAAUUGGCGACCUGGAUCUUUUAAUCGUUUUCCUCCUCAAAAUGAUGCUUAUCAUCGAGGUGGACCUGCCUAUCGUCAAUCUAGUAGUCAUCCAUACGCUAAUCCGUAUUCUGUCCAUCCUCCAAACUUCAGUACAGGCCUUUCCAAUUCAGUCGUUAAGAAUAGCCGCCCACCAUGGUUGCCUCCAAAUCGUAGGGGUUGAUCAAAAUAUCAAAGCUUUUACUACUUAUUUCCAUAUUCAUACUACUUUCUUCCUGCAUUUUUAUAUUUUAUUAUUAUAACACACUAUUAGUUGUAUAUGAUGUAGAAAUUAUUUUGCGCCUGUACAACACAAGUAAUAAAUAUUUACUCCUUUCUCCACCCCUUCUAUUUACAUUAACAUGUAUACUAGUAACUGUAUUCUGGCACAAUUAAAUGGCAAUUUGUAUAGUGAAUAUCACUGAUCAUUUGUCUAUUUCUAUUUAACAACUGAGUUGUGUAGUGACACUAAAUUGUGAAAGACUAAUAUAAUUUUUUCGAAAUUUCAGCUGUUAAUAUAAACAAUUGAUAUUCUGUUCCAAAGAUUUUUAUUAAUUUCCUCAUUCUUAGUGAAUUUUUAAACCGUACUUGUUACGUACUGAACAACUGGUACUCAAUUCAACUAAAUGACUCAAUGGAAUCCAUAAAUAAUUCACAACCUAGGUUCUCAUUGUUUUAGAUUAUUCACUGUCCUAGCCACUAACAGUUGAAUAAACACUGGAUGGUAUA